AUGCGCAACGAGCCGGCCUAUUUGACCAGCAAGUGGAACAUAUUUUGGGUUCUAAUAUUUACCCUCGUAAACAUCGCUGUGCUAGCGUCCAUUACCCUCUUGUAUAUUCGAUGUUUGUUGAAUGUGCUUGCAGGCAAGACCCAAAUUGAGGUUUGGGAAUGGGAUCGUGUUGAGUCUCAAUUACUUUCUGAGAGAUUUUGGAUUCAAGUUCGAAAAAACUAUCGGAAGUUAUAUGGUAAAGAAUUGCCUAAGCUUGAAUCGUGCCGGUUCCCUCCAAAGCCCGAUGACAACGACAUAGUCCCCAUCAAUUUUACCAUAGACGAUUUGAUUUUCCCUUACGACUAUGGAUAUAUCAAAAACGUGUACUACUCUUGUGGUGGUAUGUGGACGUGGCUUUGGCCGUGGGGAGGGUCCCCCUUAAACGGUUGCCAGUGGCCUCGAUCGGAUAACUGCGAAGAUGAUCAAUUGAAUUUGCCGUGGCCACCUGAUGGUGGACAUCAAGAUCACGUUGCAACAAAUGAUAAACUGGUCGAGUCUGUGGAUUUGUCCAUCCCUCAAAACGUUGCUCUUGUGAAAAAGCGGCUCGAUCCUCGAUUUUCAGCGUCUAGAAGAGUUUGGAUUAAUGAUCAAGGAGAAUCACUUCGUGACUAUGGUGUGGACAUGGAUAUCGAAGUAUCGGACGAGGAGAUCACUAUAUAG